GUACAUAUUUGACAGGGCACAGGAAGGCAGAGCCUGCACUCCAGCUCAGUGUUCAGUUAGGCACAGACGCCCUAAGCCCCUCUCCUCUCCUUCGUUUUCAUUUGGACGUUUUGUCGGUCAACACACAGCAGCCAUGGACGCCAUCAAGAAGAAGAUGCAGAUGCUCAAGCUCGACAAGGAGAAUGCCUUGGACAGAGCUGAGCAGGCCGAGUCAGACAAGAAAUCAGCAGAGGACAGAAGCAAACAGUUAGAGGACGAUAUAAGAGAGUUGGAAAAGAAAUUGCGUGCAUCUGAAGACGAAAGGGAUAAAGUGUUUGAGGAGUUCCAAACUGCUGAGGAAAAGCUGCUGACUGCUGAGGAGUCAGCCACCAAGGCUGAGGCAGAUGUCGCUUCACUUAACAGACGUAUCCAGCUGGUUGAGGAGGAGUUGGAUCGUGCUCAGGAGCGUCUGGCAACUGCCCUGACCAAGCUGGAGGAGGCUGAGAAGGCAGCUGAUGAGAGCGAGAGAGGCAUGAAGGUCAUUGAGAACAGGGCCAUGAAGGACGAGGAGAAGAUGGAGCUGCAGGAGAUCCAGCUCAAGGAGGCCAAGCACAUCGCUGAGGAGGCUGAUCGCAAAUAUGAGGAGGUCGCCCGUAAACUGGUCAUCAUUGAGAGUGAUCUUGAGCGUACAGAGGAGCGCGCUGAGCUGUCAGAGGGACGAGCUCGGCGAACGGAGGAGGAGCUAAGGGUUUUGGAGCAAAGCAUGAAAUCACUAAACUCCUCAGUCAUACAGUACUCACAGAAGGAGGACAAGUACGAGGAGGAGAUCAAAGUCCUCACCGACAAGCUGAAGGAGGCUGAGACUCGUGCUGAGUUCGCUGAGAGAUCAGUAGCCAAGCUUGAGAAGACCAUUGAUGACCUGGAAGAGAAACUGUCACAUGCUAAAGAAGAGAACCUCGACAUGCACCAGAUGCUGGACCAGACUCUAAUGGAACUGAAUAAUUUGUGAAGGCCCAGUCCGACCCCCUCACACACACACAUUGUGGUUUUGGCUUUUUGUACUUGCACCUUGCUUACCAUAAACCCCUCUUCUCGUACGUUGCCCAUGGUGGAGAUCAAACAGCCAGAUGCUAUUCCUCUUGCGCCGUCCUGCCUUCAGCUAGACUCGAGCAAGGAGCAGAGCUACGAGGAAGCAAAGCGUAACCAUUCCCUUUUUGAUGAAGCCUAAACUGAGAAACAAGAUUGUUUAUGUCAGUUUUAAUCUUGAAAUGUUGUCUGCCUUUUCGCAGUUGAGAUAAUGUCUUGUUUUCGUUUUUGACGAGUCAUCUGGUGAAAUGACACGUCAUGUCAUUGGUUACAAAGAUUUUGUACAUCUGCAUUGAAGCUGAUCUGGUACGAUCCAUUCCACAUUUAUUAUGCACAAACCAAAGGACAAAGUGAGGAAAUUUUGCACCUAGUUUAACCUCAACAUUGCGCACAUUUUGCAUUCUUUAAGAAAAACUGUUUUUUCAAAAGACAAGUGAAAGUAUACAUUGGCUAUAUGCCUGAUUUUCUGUAUACUGGUGCUACUGUUUUGUAAGGCAAUGACUGAAAAUGUUAAUGCAUACCAGUAUAUUCUUGGCUUUCUUCCAAACCACGGUUCAAAAUUUGUUCAUCUUGUCUGUUUAGUAUUAUUUCAGUCAUCUGGUUGUGCGAUGUUUAAGCAUAUAUGUAUGUAGAUGUUUCAAGUGUUUAUCAUAUUUGAAAUGUACAAACUAUAAAAAAUAAAGCACGUUUUGAAAGUU